AUCGUUGCUUCUGUGUGUCAACGAUGUCAAUGUUGCACUGAGUCAUCCACCUGGUGGUGUAUUAUCUGAGAGGACUCUUAGAAGCACGAUGGAGAAGUUCAAGAAGCGGUUUCAUAAGAUGGCAGCAAUGCUUUCUUGCCAUGGUGCUCAGUCCAGUGACGUGUAUGCACCUGGUACCCGCGCCAGAGCUAAUAGACGGCGUUAUAUCCAGAACGAUGAGGACAUGGAGGAGGAGGUCCAUGAAGAGGAGCCAUCGCAUCAAGAGGAGCCAACACAAGAUGAGGAGCAUGAGUAUGAUGCAACACAUCAAGAGGAUCAUGAGUAUGAUGUUGAUGCUCCACAACCAUCACAGGUUACACAACCAACACAAGGCAAUGCCCGCUCUAGGAAAGGCAAAGCCAUAGCUAAGACACCAGGCAAGAAAGGUAGAAAGAAGACAUGGAACACACAAUUCCAUAGUCCGGAGUAUCCUCAUCAGCUUAUCCCAACAGGAAUGCAAAGAUAUAAGGCCAACAUUGAGGCGGAGGAGGAGGCAUACAACGAAGAGGAGGAGGAGGCUAGCGAAGAAGAGGAGCCUACACUUGCAGCACUCGUGAAGAGAGGAAGGAGGAAGUGAGCUUAUUGUUUGGAAGUGUAUGAACUAGGUGGU